AUGACAUCUAAAAAUCCAAAUUCUUUUUCAGUAACCUUUUUAGCCGGUGCAAUAGCCGGUAUAUCAGAAAUACUUGUUAUGUACCCUCUGGACGUGGUAAUACAUCAGGUGUUGUUUAUGGGCAGAUUAAUGGUAAAUAAGGUGAAAACACGGUUCCAAUUGAGUGUUGGAAGAUCAGAAUAUACAGGGAUGAUGGAUUGCUUGAUUUCUAUUGUGAAAAAAGAAGGUGUGAAUCGACUAUAUCGAGGGAUUCUCCCACCCAUAUUAAUGGAGGCACCAAAAAGGGCAACUAAGUUUUCAGCCAAUGAACAGUGGGGCAAGUUUUACCGUAAUCUGUUUGGCCGAGAAAAGAUGGAUCAGGGUUUAAGUUUGAUUACAGGUGCAACAGCGGGUGCUACAGAAUCAUUUGUUGUGGUUCCUUUUGAGUUAGUUAAAGUCCGGCUUCAAGAUAAAACCAACGCCUCAAAAUAUAAAGGUUCUUUUGAUUGUAUAAAAAAAAUCAUUCAAGCCGAAGGUCUUUUUUCGUUAUAUAAUGGACUAGAAGCAACAAUGUUUCGUCAUGUCACAUGGAAUGCUGGAUAUUUUGGAGUGAUUUUUUCGGUACAAGAUAAAAUUCGUACUCUUAAAUGGAAAACAGAUGAGCGCUUUAAUAAUUUUGUUGCUGGAACACUUGGUGGAAUAACCGGAACAGUACUAAACACACCAUUUGACGUAGCAAAAUCACGAAUUCAAAAUAUACCCAGAAUACCCGGUCAAAUCCCGAAAUACAAUUGGGCAAUACCUUCUUUAUGGACAAUUUUCAAAGAAGAAGGCUUUCAUGCACUAUAUAAAGGCUUUUUGCCUAAAGUUAUCCGUCUGGGACCUGGCGGAGGCAUUCUUUUAGUCGUUUUUGACCAAGUAAUUCGGCUCCAUGAAAGAUUUUUUUCUUAA